GCAUCAUGCUAUUAUUGUUGCAAGUGAUCAACCGAAACUAAUGAAAAUUUUUAUUAGAUGUAGUGUACUUUCAAGUUUAUGGCAAAUAUUUAUACAUUGUUUUAUUCGUAGUCUGAGAAUCAUCACACCAAUUGAUUGUGCUGCUAUUACAGCUGUACUACCAUGUUUUUUAUAUUUAUUAUGUUGGAUUAUUGUACAUAGACGAUUUUGUGCUUUACGA